AUGACGGCGGAGGAGAUUUCACAGAGGCUUGCGCUACUCACUUCGCAAACUAUUUUACAGCAUGACCUGAACCGUAGGUUCACACAACACGCGGUAUUUUCAACUGGCUCAGAGGAACUUGACCGGUUGUUGCCCGACGGCGGGAUGACGUGCGGGACAGUCCUGGAGGUGUUUGGUCCGCCAUCAGGAGGGAAAUCCCGCCUUGUGCGCCGCAUGAUAUCUUCAUUUGCGGCACAGGGUGCGUUAGAGUGGACGACUAGAGGGGUUGAUGUGGGAAUAUGCGACGGCAGCCCAUCGAAGGGACUGGAGGUACAGCAAGAAUGUCUGAGGGCGAGAGCAGAGGAAUGUUGCAGACCACGUGAGUGGUGUGUUUUCUACGUCUUGUCUGACCCGUCCUCUCUCAAUCCCCGUCAUUUGCGGGAAGAGCUCGAAAAAGCCCUCCAGCGUGCAAUGUUGUGUGAUGUGCACUGCGAGGGUGAGAUUGAAAGGCUCCUCGAUGACAUCAUAGGAAGGGUACAAGUGGUGAACUUCGCAACCCUAAAUGACCUUUUAAACUUCUUCCGUUUUCUGUACCACGAGGAGUAUCCGUCGUCUAUGCAUCAUGCUAACCAACGCCGCGCGUUGGUCGUUAUCGACAGUGUUGCUCGCCUUUGGGAUCACCCGACAUGUGGAGCAACAAAGCAUGCGCGGCACUGGGCGGCGGCUGAACUGGUGCGUGAGUUGCGCAAUGUUAUUAUGCUUGGGAACGGUUGGCGUGGUGAGUAUUGUGGUAACAUUGACUCGCAUCACUUAGAUACCGAAGCUGGGAACGUUUUUUGUAGCGUCCAGGCUGCCAAUGCGGGUACCUCUGUUGGUGGUAGUGUGGCGGUUGUUCUCGUUAACGGGUGCACGAACACGCGUUACUGCCACACCGUUGUUGGACCUUUGGGGGUGCCCUUGUGGUUGGCAGCUGCAGCGGAUAUUCGUCUUUUCAUUGAACCCACAUCAACUUCGGGUGAUUAUCCGCCCACUACCGGCGAGGAUGACGAUGGCAUGUUAUGCACUCACCAAUACGGGGCUGCAAAACACGUAUUGGCGGUGCGUGUAGCGAAGGGCAGUGGUUCCUCGGUUCCCCGCGUGGGAAACAUCUUUUUACCCUGA